UGAGUAUGGUUUCUGUGUAUGUUAUAUGUAUAUGAUGCUCUAAUAUACAUAUUGUGUACUACUUACGUGUGGAACCACUACUGUGUUAUAUAGUUCAUUACAUUGUUUAGAAUAGACAUCUGUGUUUACUCAAUAGUAUCACUAUAAUACAUGACUUCAUAUGCUUCCAGACUAAUAUAUUAUCACAGCACUUUUUAAGGAUAUGGACAUAACUGUGGCUCAUUUGGAAUAUGAAGUCAAAGAUCCUUUGGUCUUUCAGAUGUUUUGUCUGAAGCUCCCACCUAGUAAAGCCAGUGGUGAGAAAUUGUGGGUUGUAGUUCAAAAGAGCACAAAGGACAAAAUUUUCCAUAGUUUAAGCCAAAGAAGCAAUUAAUAUAAAACUUUUUCUAUUAAAAUAUAGUUUAUGAUGGCAUUAUUAAGUUUAAACUUUUGUAUUAUUUUUUAUGUGUCUAGUCUAAUUUGAAAUGGCUGUCUUUCAAAAAAUAUUUUGACGUAAGAUACUAAUUUUAAUUAGCUAAUUAUUGCCAUUUUCUGAAUGGUUCGUUCUUUUUAUGGAAAUUAAGUUGUGCAUUUAUUAUUUAGGGCUAUAAACCUAAAAAAUAUUUAGGAUUAAACCUGUUAAGUCUUACCUCUGAACAUAGAGUAGUAUUGUAAAUCAUAUCAAGAUAGUUUCAUUCUUACAUCUCUAUGCUUUUUCCAUUCUAAGUAUCAUGUUCAACUGAAUUUGUGUCAUGUAAUAAAUUUGGGACAUUGUAAAUAUAGAAUGUAAAUGUUGCUGAUUUAAGAGUUAGUAUUGUAAAUUGGCUCUUUAAAUCACUACUCAUUUCAGUUUAACAUUGAAGCAUCUCCAAAGUACAAAUAUGUACAUGUGUGCCUAGAAAGGCCAAUACAAUAUUAGAAGUUUUGUAUUGCUUGUUAAAAGGGUGGAGUAUACAAGAUAAAAGCAGUUUUCACUAGUAUUGUCUAGUUUUCACUAGUAUUGUACCUUCCAGUUUCUCAUUAGUAGAAAAAAAGAAACCACAGUUCUGGUUCAAAUGUAUGGACAUUUUGUAAUGUAGUUUUUUGCAUUUUACAUCUCCCCACCCCCUUCCCAUCAGAAAAAAAAACAGGAGAAUGUACAAAAUCAGUACUUCCUAAAAUAACUGAUGUGAGGGCCUAGCAGGAUGGGUCUUUGUUCCUAGUGAGCCAGUGACUACAGUUGUUUUUACCUUCCUGAAAACAUGCUGCAGACUGGCUCAGAGACCAGCACCUGUCUAUAGACACCAGUUUGAAUAGCACUGGUGUAGACAACACUAUUGAAGCCAUAGAAUCAUAGAGUUGGAAGAGACCACAUGGGUUAUCCAGUCCAACUCCCAUGUCAUGCAGGAACACACAAUCAAAGAUGAGUAUCCAGCCUCUACUUUAAAAACUCCAGAGAAAGCAACUCACCACGCUCCAAGGCAGCAUAUUCCACUCCCAAACAGCUCUUACUAUCACAAUGUUCUUCCUAAUGUUUAGGUAGUAUUCCCUUUCUUACAAUUUGAAUCCAUUGCUCCAUGUCCUAAUCUCCAGAGCAGCAGAAAACAAACUUGCUCCCUCCUCAAUGUGUCAUCCUUUCAAAUAUUUAAACAUGGUUAUCAUGUUUUCUCUCAGCCUUCUUUUCUCCAAAUUAAACUUACCCAACUCCCGGAGCCAAUUCUCAUAGGGCUUGGUUUCCAAACUUUUGAUCAUUUUGGUCACCCUUCUCUGGACACCUUCCAGCUUGUCAAUAUUCUUGAAUUGCGAUGUCCACAGUAUUCCAGAUAAGGUCUGAUCAAAGCGGAAUAAAGGGGGGUCUAUGACUUCCGUCUACCUCAAUAGUAUAUUCCUAUUGAUGCAACCUAGAAUUGCAUUGGCUUUUAAAGCUGCCACAGUACACUCACAUUCAGCUCAUGGUCUGCUAAGGCUCCUAGAUCUCUUUCACAUGGACUGUUCUCAAGGCAGGCAUCACUCAACUUACAUAUUAUUUUUAUACCUCGACUACAAAGAACGGAGCUCCCGGUGGCACAGUGUGUUAAAACGCUGAGCCGCUGAACUUGCGGGCCGAAAGGUCACAGGUUCGAAUCCGGUUACCUAACAGACUUUCUAUAAAUGGUAAAUGUCUCCUCUCUCUUACAAUCCAAAUAAAGAAAAUACCGAUUUGCCACAAUUUGAAAUAUGCCUUCCCUUCUGUCAGACCACAAUGAAGGAACUAUUAAAUGUAGUCUUAGUCCUUCCUACCCACCUCCAGAAUAUCAAGCAGAUACUUUUUUCCAUUUAAUACUGAAACAGCAAAUGCUGAGCCAAACCAAAAGAGCAAAAAAAAAGCAGAAGCAAACUGUUUCAACAGAUGCUUUGUCCAUAGUACUUUUUAAUGUUACUGUUGUGAAUGAGCCUUCCGAGCCUGUGAAUGAUAGUGGUGGGAUCAGGAGAGGAAGGAAAAACCCUCGCGAGGAGGGCUUGUUGGAGGAGUUGCAUAGGAAGAGGAUCAGGGAAAUUGAUGGGGAGUCUUCUGAGGGGGAUUCAUGUGGGGAUAUUGAAGUGGAAAUGGAUGCUGGGGAAAAGGUGGUAACGGAGGAAGUGGGCACAGACUGGGGAUGGGCACCGGAGGUGCUUGGGGAGGAAUCAGGGCCCAUGGAUGCUGCUGAUGCUGGAGAGGCUUGCGUAUCUUCAGAAGCAGAUCCCACUUGGUCUGUUUGGAUGAAUGAGGGUGGGUCCACAGGUGUGGAUAGAGUUGGGCAUGGGCAAGAUGAUUGGGACUCCGAUGAAGAAUUUGGGACGCCUGACCCAAGGGCGUUGGCUGUGUGGAGCUCUGAUUCGGAUUAAGAAGUUGGGACACCUGUUCCUUGGGCGUUAGAGUUUGGACAUCCAGGGAGACCUGGAUAAAUUGGGGAUGUUUGGCCAUUAUACUUUGCGUGUGGCAAGGUGUUGCUGGGUGCCAUUGGGUUUCCUGUUCGUGUUACUGAAGACUGGACAGGAACUUUGCAACAGAUGUAAGUUUGAUCCGGGUUAUUCUGCAACGGAGGACUGGAAUUGUGUGGGUUUUCCUGGACUGCACUGCUAUUACUAUUUUGCAUUAGCUGCUGUUCGCUCUCGUUGCUUUGGCUCUCUGAGCCAUUCCGUGUUGUGGAUCUCCUUUUGAUGACUUGAUUCCCUGGACCUUGGACUGGAACUCGACUCGGCUCUCGUCUUUGCCCUUAAACACUGCUUGGCGUCGCUCUCUGUUCCGUGGCUGCUUUCUGCUCCUGACUCCUGGCUUGUUUUCUGACCCUGACGCUGACUCCUAUCCCGACCUCGGACCGGCUUGACGACGCUUCUACGCCUUGCACCUUUAAACUCCUGGCUUGGGCUUCGCUCCUGCAGCGGUUUGACACUGUCUCCCCAUCCCGACCUCGGAUCGGCUUGACGACCUCAGACCGGCUUCUCUCUCUGCUCCUUUAACUCCUGGCUUGGUGUUUUGCCUGCCAGUGUCCUUCAGCUCCGCUUGCUUAGCUGCUCUCAGUUGAGAGCUUUUCUGCCCUGUUUGGGUUUAAAGUUGCUUCUGUACUUCUGGGCUUUAGGUGGUUUUUUGGGGCUUCGAAGCUGUCUACUUUACUUUGUAUGUUCAUUCUAAGCCCGCUCUGAACUUUUGGGCUUAUUUGGAGGACUUUUGGUUUAAUCCGGAUUAUAUUCCUGAUUAAUCCGGAUUAUUCGCCAAUUCACGUUUUUUGGCGCUUCUUUGUUUAGACUGCUUUAUAACACUGAAUGUUAAGUGUUUUAAGCCAUUUUUAGGUUGUUGAAUUGUUUUUGGGCUAUAACUGAAUUAAACUCGGUUUUGCUCUCCAUUGGCAUCUGACUUUUGACAGUUACUUUUGGUAUCUUUUGAGGUUUUGUGCAGGCAAUGAAAUUACUUUCUGUCAACAUCUUGUUCCUCUAGUAAACUUGAUAAUCUUCCUGCAGAUUGUAUGAAUAAAGAGGAAAAUACUUGACAUAAAGGGAAUUAACUUAAAAUACUUUAAUUGGCUGCAAGAGUGGCCACAGCCAAUUCCAUUUUUUUAGGGGGGGGGAGCAGGGAAAAUGAGAAGAUUCAAUUCUCAGUGUCAGAUCAAAUCUGUGCAAGAGAGAUAAAGCAGAGUAUAAAUAUUAUAAUAAAGUCAACGCCAAACUGCCUUUCUAGCAGAAUUUUUAAACAGCUCUCUUUUUAGUCCAAGGUUUCUACAUUUUUUUGUAGUAGAAAAUGAGUUCACAGACUUGACAUCUGAAUCCAGCCACUCCCUUGCUAAACCAAGGAGUACGUACAGUGUUGUUAAAGACAAAACAUGGUUACAAAAAAGAUAAUAGGCUAUUAAUAAUUUCUUCAAUUGUAGGAGUUCUAACUAAUCUAGAAUGAGCAGAUCAUCAAAUGUUAAUCUUUACAACAGGUGAUUUUUUAGUCAUUGCUGCUCUGAGAAAAGAGAUCCACCCUGAAACUCAUUGGGGAAAUGUGCAGCAUUGCUACUUACACCUCCAAAGGUGCCUGUUUUAAGGAAAGGGCAGCCCUCCAAGGUCUGGAGAGACACAUGUGCAGUUCCUAAAACCUCUUGUGAGUUUUUUUCCAAAAAUGAAAGUGACACAGAAGCCCUAAGAUACCGGAGCAUGAUUUCUUCUUUGAACCUCAGAAGCUUGUUAAUGUGCCUAUUAAACCUCCAGUUUCCUAAACUAUUCCUUAGGGCUUGUCUUCCAGAUAUUUGACCAUUUUGGUUGCCAUUCUCUGGAGAGACAAAAGUUGUAUUUUGUCAGGGUAAAAAAAAAAAGAUACCCAGUUGAAAAGCAGAGUGGGUUUUUCAUGGCCUCCUUUGCCCUCCUUUCUGACCCUGGUGUGUAAUUGCUUGUUGACAUUCCUGGCUUGCAUUCCUCACCUUAAAGACAUACACACCCCUCUGGGUGCGCAUGGAGCCCCUUCACCUGCUCAAAGAGCUUCCUGAAAUCUCUUCUGGAAGACAUACCACUCUUCUCAAUGGCAGUGGCUUUAAAUAUGUGAGACUUUCUGGUGAAGGGGGGGCUCCCUCCCGUCCCUACCUGAGCAUCUUGUAAAAAUGGCAGAGAACUGCAAAGUGUGUGUGUGUGUUGUGCUGGGAACUUCUUGUCCCAGAUCGGAAGCCCAGCUCUCCAAACGAGAACAACCCCUUUGGAGUUCAUAGUGGUCCCCCAUUGAUGGAAAGAAGGUCAUCUUGUGUCCCACACACUAACUUAAGACGUUGCGCACAGAAAGAAGAGAGAAAAUGCAACCAGGGAAAGGGGGGAAAAAACCCUUUCCAAUCUCCUCCCUCCCUUUCUUCCCACCGCAAAGGAGAUCCAUCCCCAUUUCAGUCACGCCUUGCUUUCUCCUCUUGCAUGUGCCCGGUUAGGGAUCUGCAAGGGAAACCAGCAAACAAGGUUAAACAAGGAGCAAGGAAUUCCCUGCCUUGCUCCAAACUUCUCCACAAAAUAGUGAGAAGGAAGGAAAGAGGUUGCAGAAAGGAGAGGAACAGCCUGGGCGUCUUGCCAGUGGAGAGCUGUUUGGUGCUUCAGUCAUGAGCCUUUUACUCUUGUUUGAAUCAACUUGCAUUUUCCUGUUUUCCCAAGCACUGAUGUCACAGAGCAUACAAGAACUAUAUGUCAGCCGGGAAACCAUUGCAAAAAUUUCAGCUGCUGGUCAACUGAUGAAUUGCUCUGCCCCAGUUGAUGUCAUGUUUCUGUUGGAUGGAUCUUACAGCAUUGGCAAAGGAAGCUUUGAAAGGUCAAAACAUUUAGCAAUCAAGCUUUGUGAUGCCUUGGACAUCAGUCCGGAAAAGGUCAAAGUGGGAGCAAUACAGUUCAGCAACACAGCCUACUUGGAGUUUUCACUGGAUGCCUAUUUCACUAAACAUCAAAUAAAAGACAAGCUCAAGAGGAUUGUAUUCAAAGGUGGUAGAACAGAAACAGGACUUGCUCUGAAAUACAUCCUCCGGAAGGGAUUCCAUGGGAGCAGGAAUUCAACAGUACCCAAAAUCCUUAUUAUUCUUACUGACGGGAAAUCUCAAGGCAAUAUAGCCGCACCUGCUAAGCAAUUAAAAGAAAUGGGAAUUACUGUGUUUGUAGUGGGAGUCAGCUUCCCCAG